AUGCUUUGGUUGUGGGGGCUACAUGACCAAACCUGGCAACCCAGGAGUGUGGCCAUAGCGCUGAAAAACUUGUUGUUGUCGGGGAAAAUGGCGUCAAACGUAGAGGCCCCGGAGCGCUGGUACCUCGCCCUUCUCGGCUUUGCGGAACAUUUUCGAACCUCUAGUCCUCCCAAAAUCCGGCUCUGUGUACACUGUCUACAAGCAGUGUUUCAGUUUAAGCCUCCACAGAGGAUCGAGGCCCGGACACAUCUUCAGCUGGGCUCGGUUCUCUACCACCACACCAAGAACAGCGAGCUGGCCCGCAGCCACCUAGAGAAAGCGUGGUUUAUAUCUCAACAAGUCCCUCAGUUUGAAGAUGUCAAAUUUGAAGCUGCAAGCAUUUUGUCAGAACUCUUCUGCCAACAGAAUUUGGUGGACUCUGCAAAACCCCUCCUGCGCAAGGCCAUCCAGAUUUCACAACAAACGCCAUACUGGCACUGCAGAUUGUUGUUCCAGUUGGCGCAACUUCAUACACUGGAGAAAGACUUGGUGUCAGCAUGUGACCUGCUGGGUGUUGGAGCUGAGUACGCCCGAGUGGUUGGGUCAGAAUAUACCAGGGCGCUGUUUCUCCUCAGUAAAGGAAUGUUGCUGCUAAUGGAGAGAAAGCUUGGGGAGGUGCAUCCUCUGCUCACACUGUGCGGAACUAUUGUAGAAAACUGGCAGGGAAACCCCAUCCAGAAGGAGUCCCUGAGGGUGUUCUUCCUGGUCCUACAGGUCACACACUACCUGGAUGCCGGUCAGGUGAAGAGUGUUAAGCCGUGUCUGAAGCAGCUGCAGCAGUGCAUCCAGACCAUUUCUACACUCCACGAUGAUGAGAUUCUGCCCAGCAACCCAGCUGACCUCUUCCACUGGCUGCCCAAAGAGCACAUGUGUGUCCUCGUCUAUUUGGUAACAGUCAUGCACUCCAUGCAAGCAGGCUAUCUGGAGAAAGCUCAGAAGUACACAGACAAGGCUCUUAUGCAACUAGAGAAACUAAAAAUGUUGGACUGCAGCCCCAUCCUCUCUACCUUUCAAGUCAUUCUACUGGAGCACAUAAUCAUGUGUAGACUCGUCACGGGCCACAAGGCCACCGCGUUACAAGAGAUCUCACAGGUGUGUCAGCUGUGCCAACAGUCCCCCAGGUUAUUCACCAACCACGCUGCUCAGCUACACACGCUAUUAGGUCUGUAUUGUAUCUCAGUGAACUGUAUGGAUAAUGCAGAGGCACAGUUUACCACAGCCUUGCGGCUCACCACACACCAGGAAUUGUGGACAUACAUCGUAACCAACUUGGCCAGUGUCUACAUAAGGGAAGGGAACCGACACCAGGAGCUGUACAGCCUCCUAGAGAGAAUAAACCCAGACCAUAACUUCCCAGUAAGCUCCCAUUGCCUCCGUGCUGCAGCUUUCUACAUCAGGGGACUCUUGUCCUUCUUUCAAGGACGCUACAAUGAGGCCAAACGGUUCCUAAGGGAAACCCUGAAGAUGUCUAAUGCUGAGGAUCUGAACAGACUGACUGCCUGCUCCCUGGUUCUGCUGGGCCACAUCUUCUACGUACUGGGCAACCACAGAGAAAGCAACAACAUGGUUGUACCUGCCAUGCAGCUGGCCAGCAAGAUCCCCGACAUGUCUGUUCAGCUCUGGUCUUCAGCACUGUUGAAAGACUUGAACAAGGCCCUUGGGAACAACAUGGAUGCCCAUGAAGCAGCCCAGAUGCACCAGAACUUCUCCCAGCAGUUGCUGCAGGACCACAUCGCUGCCUGCAGCCUCCCUGAGCAUAACCUCAUCAGUUGGACUGAUGGCCCUCCUCCUGUCCAGAUCCAAGCCCAGAACGGCCCGACCACCAGCCUUGCAAGUCUGCUAUGAGACACCUUCUGUCUCGCAUAUGGCUGUAGCUGGUACAUUAUCACAAGCAACAGAUUGAUGCCUAACAACCUGCUAUCGGACCACUGCAGCUGAGAUUUGAGAGGAUUUUAACAGGUCAAAGAGUUCAGGCCUUCACUUUAUUAGCUUCUCAAGAUUGCUUCCUGAUUGUCUGCUACCCCUUCUUUAUUUGUUGUAAAGCAAUUACAACUACUGUUGUACAUGUAUUUCACACUUUCUGACGGCAUGGAUGCAGGGCAGGGUCGGACUCUUGAUUAGAGUAGUGAAGGACACAUAGCGACGUAUGAAAGGUCUUCUUUGCCUCAGAUAUAGAGAACCCUUCGCUACGUUUGCCAGGUUUCUUUUCCAUUUGUUGGAAUAAAAAGGAGAGGGUAGAUGGGGGGGGGGGGGGGCAGUAAAGAAAUGUAGAAGAAAUUAAUUUAUUCAUGUUGAUAUUUUUGUAUCUGUUGGUAAAUAUUUUACAUCUUGCCUUUUUUGUAUGGAUCCCAUUUUUGUUUUGUUUUUUCUCAUGCAUGGAAGUUGCUGAUGUGGACUCCCUGUACAAUAAUUUCAGACCUGGGUUGCUAACAAUAAAUUCUUGGUUGAUCUUUUUUUGCACAAAAUCCAUAUUAGAAAGAAUAGAGACAUGUUGUAAUAUAUUUUCACACAAUAAUCAGUUGAAAAAAGUUUGACGAUACAAAUUGGCAGUGUACAUUGUAUUGGGACGGUGCACAAUUCACUGUGUGCACGUCCUCUGUGGACCAGAAUAUGCCUCCAAUGUUUAAAUACUUCUGAGUUUUAUAUCAUUUGGCGACUGUGAGGGUUGCCACAUACCCUUUAAAGCAACACAUUUAUCUGAUGUGUUUUUUUGAACUUCCAUAUUAUAUGAAUUCAUUAUUAUUGAAGUUGUAUUCAUUUUUUUUUAAAUCGGGUUUAGACUUUUGGAGCCUACAGUAAUCUUCAGAUAUUCAAAAAGCGAAUUUAUUUUAUUUUGUUAUAUUUUAAUUUGUCUUUAUAGUUCUACUAAAUGGUUUCUUUACAGUAUGUUUGUAUAGAUUUGCCACUCGUUGAACCUUUAUUGUACAGUGACAUUUUAUAAAGUCAAUUUAGUAAAGUGUGAUAUGUAUUUUUAGCUAUCCUAUGUAGAAAUCUCAAUGCUUGGUAUUUAAGGCACUCUGUAAGAACACAGUUUAGCUUGAGUACUAGCCAUAUUCUAUCCAAUGCCUAUGUUUUUAAUGCUUACAUUGUUUUCAAUAAUUUUCCAAUAAAAAUAUGAUUGAAAAUUU